AUGCUGCUCAGAUUGGAUCGUGCAAUCUCGAGCGUGCUCGUCCUCACGACAGCAGCCUACGGACUGGCGACAGACACCUUCGACUAUGUCAUUAUUGGAGGAGGUACGUGUGGCCUGACCGUCGCCAAUCGCCUGAGUGAGACUCCAGGGGUAACCGUGGCCGUGAUUGAGGCUGGCGGCGACGAACGCAAUAACCCGAAUGUGACCAGUGUGGCAGGCUUCGGACUAUCGUAUGGCACAUCGAUCGAUUGGCAGUAUCAUACUGCGCCCCAAGCCUAUGCAAACAACCAGGAGAUUGAUUAUCAUGCCGGGAAGGCCCUAGGAGGGACAAGUACAAUCAAUGGGAUGACGUACAUACGGUCCCAGAAACGAGAGAUUGAUACAUGGGAAGCCUUGGGAAACAAAGGCUGGAACUGGGACAGCCUGUACCCGUAUUAUCUCAAGAGCGAGCGAUUCCAGAUACCAACGAAGGCGCAGGCUGUGGCUGGAGCGUCGUACGUCAAAGAGUAUCAUGGUUGGAAAGGACCUAUGAAAGUCGGUUACCCAUAUCGACUUUUGAACGGUUCAUUCCCGUCGCUCGUGCGAGAAACAUGGAAACGAUUGGGGAUGUUCCAAAACCCGGAUGCGAACGGGGGUGAUUUGCACGGAUUCUCGGUCUGGCCGCAGACAUUGGACCGAGCUGCGAAUGUGCGUGAGGAUGCUGCUCGCGCAUAUUACUAUCCCGUGGAGGACAGACCAAAUUUGGUCGUUUAUCGUGGGAUAGCGACGAGGAUAUCAUGGCAAAAGGGCUCUCAAUCAUCAGGAAAGGCAGUUGCUACAGGUGUUCAAUAUGCUUCGCCGGAUGGAGUCCUCGGGACCAUCCAUGCGGUGAAAGAAGUUAUCCUCUCUGCAGGGUCGAUUCGUUCUCCCGCCAUCCUCGAACUCUCGGGAGUUGGCAAUCCUAGCAUCCUCGACAGAUACAAUAUCUCGACGAAGGUCCCUCUUCCCGGAGUUGGAGAGAACGCACAGGAUCAGGCCAACACCGCGAUCAUGUUUUCGACUAAUAUGACACUGAACGGAACCGCUCCAUACGUCACAUACGAAAGCAUUCACGACCUAUUCGGAUCUCAGGUCGAUGACAUUGCAAGAUCAACGGCCCAGCAGAUCAAAGCUUGGUCACGGGAGAUAGCCAAAGCAAAUGGGGACGGUGUGAAUGCUGCCAGCGUUGAGAAGCUGCUGAGCGUUCAGCAUGAUAUGCUUUUUCACAAGAACAUAUCCUGUGUUGAAAUCUUGACAACGGCUUCUGGCCACAACCUGGCAUCGGCAUUCUGGAUCAGCUUCCCCUUCUCCAGAGGCAACGUCCAUAUCCGCUCGGCGAGUCCGCUGGAUUACCCUGUGAUCAACCCAAACUACUUCAUGGUAGACUGGGAUACUGCACUUCAGAUGAAGAUCAAAGAGUUGGUGAUGACGUACUGGACAAGUGGCCCUAUAUCCUCAAUUGUGGGUGAUAGAAUCCAGCCCAACGUAUCCGCAGUCCCUGACAAUUCGACGACCGAGGAGUGGACCACCUGGGUCAAGAGUUCAUGUAAGUGGUGGUGUCCAUGA